UAUCUCUGUUAGUAUCUAGCUAGUUAUCUUCUCCAUCAUCAUCAUCAUCAUCAUCAUCAUCAUCAUCAUUAUCAUUGUUUCUGCUAUAUAUUACAUAAAGUGUUACUACCAGUACUAAGUACAGGAUAUACUCUAGUACCUGACUGAUAUCCCUUGUGAAUAGAUAAGUUCCUCCCCUCACAGACAGACAAACAGAGAGAACAGAACCAUGGCUUUCGCCCGCAGACUGGCGAUCCUCCCCGGAGGUCUAGGCGGCCUAGGCACCAGCAUCGCCCAAAAGCUCCACCACGAAGGCGCCCACCUCGCCCUCCUAUACGCCCCCUUCGAAGCCUCCCGCGUCGACGCCCUCCUCACGACAAACUACGGAUCCAACAGCCACGACCCGACCAUCCGUACCUACGAAUGCGAUAUCACCUCGCCGGACUCGGUGCAGGCGGCAUUUACCAAAUUAGAGGGGGAGCUUGUAGACCCUGCCUCAAGUACGCGAGACUUACCAUCACCAUCACAAUCACAGAACACCGCCGGCGGCGUGUUCCCCAGUAUCCUGGUGAAUACGGCCGGAUAUGUAUCGUUGAGUGACUUGGAGAGUACCCCGCCUGAGGAGACGGUUAGGCAUCUUACUACUAAUGUCUUGGGACCCAUGCUGUGUGCGCAGGCGUUUGCGAGGCUUUAUUUUCAGAGCAGGAAGAGGGCGGAAGCUGAUGAGGGCGGGGGUAAGGGUGGAGGUGGAGGGGGACAUGGCCAUGUAUGCCCGCCCGGUAGGAUCGUGAACAUCGCUUCCCAGGCGGCGCAUGUGGCGCUGCCACGGCAUGGGGCGUAUUGUGCGUCCAAGGCGGCCUUGCUGGGGUUGACGCGGAGUAUGGCGUCUGAGUGGGCGGGUGGCGGUAUCACGGCCAAUUCGGUAUCGCCUACCGUGGCAUGGACGGAGCUGGGGAAGAAGGCGUGGGGGGAGAGCUCGGUCAGAGAGGCGUUCCUGAAAUCUAUCCCAACGGGCAAGUUUGCGCUGCCGGAGGAGGUUGCGGAUGCGGUGCUGUUUCUCUGUCAGGACUCGAGCGGGAUGAUCAAUGGCGCGGAUAUCAGGGUCGAUGGGGGCUUCACUAUCCGGUAGUACCACCGUAUCAAAACUGCUGCUGCUGGACAAGUAAUCUACAUGCUGGGGCGAAUCGCAAUAGGGCAGGGCGGUGGGGUCCUAUCUCUCUCGUGCCAUCUGAGUCGCGGUAGGAGUAUCUAACAAGCUAUGCGAAGCUUACUACUACCCACUAUCCGUCCGCCAAGGACAAACGUAAACGUGAUCGAGUUCUAGAUGGGGAUAAUCUCCCGGGUGCAAUCUAUGUGUAAUUAAUGGGGCCGAAUGUCCAGCUGGCCACUCUCAUAUCACCACCGAAAGCGGGCUCAGAUG